AUGUCCAUGACCCUCGAAGAUGCUGCCGUUGUUCGCCAACCCAAGCCCGUACCAAACACGCCAGAAAAUGUUCUCGAACAAUUCAGCAUGAAGGGAAAAGUCGUCGCCAUUACUGGAGCAUCAGACGGAAUUGGUUGGGCAGUUGCAGAGGCUAUCGCAGAAGCUGGCGGUGAUCUUGCUCUGUGGUACAACACGAACGAUGCAGCAAUCUCGAAAAGUGAACGAAUUGCAAAGAAGCAUGGCAUUCGCGCCAAAGCAUACCAAGUAGAGGUCUCAGAUCAUGAAGCCGUCAGACUUGGAGUCGAUGAGGUUGUAAAAGACUUUGGAAGACUGGAUGUUUUCGUCGCGAAUGCUGGUAUGGCCAUCUCAAAAGCCAUUACUGAGCAGACGAUCGAGGAGUACAGAAAGCAAAUGUCUGUGAACGUCGACGGUGUUGUGUUCUGUGCGAAGUACGCUGGAGCAGUAUUCAAGAGCCAAGGGUUCGGUAAUCUAAUCAUCACAUCGAGUAUCUCAGCUCACAUCGCCAACGUGCCUGUUGAUCAACCGAUCUACAACACAACCAAAGCUGCCGUGAACCAUCUGGGAAAGAGUUUGGCAAGGGAAUGGCGCGACUUUGCAAGAGUCAACAUUGUAUCACCAGGCUUCUUCGACACCAAGAUGGGUGCUUCACCUCUGUGCAUCAACGAGGCAUACCGUAUGACACCACUUGGACGCAUGGGAAAUGUCAAGGAGAUCAAGGGCUUGUUUUUGUACCUUGCUAGCGAUGCAUCGUCAUACCAGACCGGGAGCGACACUAUCAUCGAUGGUGGAUAUGUCCUUGUGUAG